AUGGUCGAACGGUUUCAUAGACAGCUCAAGGCCGCUCUACGUGUCUCUCCAGAUCCACAGUCUUGGACUGAAUUUCUGCCAAUUGUGCUUCUUGGCCGUCGUUCUGCUGUCAAGGCAGACCUGGGUUUCUCCUCUGCAGAGCUGCUGUAUGGUACCAUAAUAGUAUUGCCUGGUACGAUGUUGGUACCAGACAUUUCACUGCUUCAUGAUCCGGCGUCGUACAUCGCCAGACUUCGCACCUAUUUUUCUAAUCUUCCGCAUAUGGGUUCCCGGGACCAGUCUCCACCCUCUAAUGUCUCAUCAGAUAUUGACUCUUGGUCACAUGUUUUUGUUCGGGAUGACUCUGUCAAGGGACCUCUUGUUUCUCCUUACAAAGGACCAGAGACCGUUACUGUAGAUCGGCUUAAAAGAGCAUAUUUUGAGGUGUCCACAUCUUUCGAUGGUGGACAACACCAUCACCUACACACGCACCUUUGA